AUGUGGAAGCUGAGCCGGAGCCGGGUGCUCUUGGACGAGCCCCCCGAGGAGGAGGACGGCCUGCCAGGGGGGCCGCCGCCGGCCGCCGCAGCCGCCGCUGCCGCGCAGGUUCAGGGAGCAAGUUUCCGAGGCUGGAAAGAAGUGACUUCUCUGUUUAAUAAAGAUGAUGAACAGCACCUGCUGGAAAGAUGUAAAUCCCCCAAGUCCAAAGGAACUAACUUGCGGUUAAGAGAGGAGUUGAAGACAGAGAAGAAGUCUGGAUUUUGGGACAAUUUGGUUUUAAAACAGAAUAUUCAGUCUAAGAAACCGGAUGAGAUUGAAGGUUGGGAGCCUCCAACACUUGCUCCUGAAGAUGUGACAGCCGAUGCAGGUGACGCUGCGAGUGGCCGUCCCCCUCGGCCAGGCUGGGAGGAGGACGGCAAGGGCCGUAGCAAGUACAGCAGCCUGGCGAGCUCAGGGAACAGCUCCCGCUGGAGCCUCCGGUCGGCCGGGAGGCUGGUGGGCAUCCGACGGCAGAGCAGGGGCCACCUGACCGACAACUGGGAAGAGCUGGAGUGA